AAGGGGUUCCCGCCUUCUUUUCCUCCGUGCCUGUGGGGUCUCUGGGCGUAUCUUCCCGCCAAAGAAGCGGGAUUGGACAAAGAAAGUUCCCGGAGCCGUGGUAGCCACGCGAGGGAGCGCUCUCCGCUUCCCUUCUUGCUCCUGCCUGGCUGGGUUUUCGCACGAGCGCAGCUCCAGGGCCGGAGAGCGUGGAGGCCGGCGAGUCGCGAGGCCGGCAUGGCUGGAGCAGAGAGGCGCGGCGGCGGCAUACCUGAGACUCGGGAACAUCUCUUUAAGGUUUUAGUCAUCGGGGAGCUGGGCGUCGGCAAAACCAGUAUCAUCAAGCGCUACGUCCACCAGCUGUUCUCCCAGCACUACCGGGCGACCAUCGGGGUGGAUUUCGCUCUCAAAGUCCUCAACUGGGACACCAGGACUCUGGUCAGGUUGCAGCUCUGGGACAUCGCAGGUCAAGAACGCUUUGGAAAUAUGACCAGAGUGUACUAUAAAGAAGCUGUAGGAGCUUUUGUAGUCUUUGAUGUCACCAGAGGAUCAACAUUUGAGGCAGUUUCCAAGUGGAAACAUGACUUGGACAGUAAAGUACUGCUCCCCAAUGGCACCCCAAUUCCUGCCAUUCUUCUUGCCAAUAAAUGUGACCAGAAGAAAGAAAGUAGCCAAAAUCCUUCUCCUUCUCAGAUGAAUCAGUUCUGCAAAGAGGGAGGCUUUGCUGGAUGGUUUGAAACUUCUGCUAAGGAUAACAUCAACAUUGAUGAAGCUGCUCGGUUCUUGGUGGAAAACAUCCUUGCCAACCUGAAAGCCUUUCCAAAUGAAGAGAACGAUGUUGAUAAAUUAAAACUGGACCUGAAUCCUCUAAAAGCAGAAAGUAAAUCCCAGUGCUGUUAGACACGUUGUCUUGCAUCAAUACACAAUGAGAGCAGAAUGUUCGUCUUCCUCAUGUUGGACAGCUGCUGUGGUGCUUCAUCAAAACUAUCCUUGUGGGGUAUUAAGUUCUUCACAUUCCAAGGUGUUUACAUUUUUUUUAAUCGAAUAGGACUUAAGAGUUACAUUUAUACUAUGUCCUUGUUUGUAAGCUAUUUAGUAUAGUCACAAGCUGGCAUCCCUUCCAAAACAGGUGGUAUUUAUCCAAUGAGAAAUGGCCAAGGAGAGAAUCUAGAUGAAAACUUAGCUUCAAUUCCUGGUUAACAUAGUGUAGUUUCAGAACUAGAAUAGGAAAGGCAGUUCAGAUAGAAUUAUUCAUUUUGAUAAGGACUACACAUUUCCUUAUUUUUUUAAAUAUACAUAAAAUUCCUUUACCACCUUGCUCUAAUAUUGCCUGUCUCCUAUUCAAAACUAGGACUCUGAAACAAAAGCCUUUUUGGGUGCUUGACAGCCAAUAAACCCUUUAAUUCUGAGGCAAGACUGAGCAGGGAUUCCUCAUUUAUAAUGUGCCUUAAAGUAUGUUAAGAAUCUAAUGCUUGGAAUAUAAGGAUAGUCAGCUAGUGUGAAAGAAUUAAGAAUAUAUUUGUGCUAUCCGUCAAAUAAAUGAAUAGCAAUUCAUUUCUGACUGUUUUGGAAGAGGCUUUCUCUGGUACACUUUCAUAUGUUAACUAAUACUAUGUACAAUUAAACUUGAAAAAUAAGUUAUUUCUUACUGUACAAGGACAGCUUUUUCAAAAAGAUUUCAUGAUGCCUGGGCUGAAAAUGAAUAAUGUUUAAGCUUUAUUUUUAUGAGAUCAUUCUUUAACAGAAAACUGUCUCUUAAAUCAGAGAUGAUUUAACUUACAAAUAGUCUUUUUAAAAGCAGGCUAUUUUUAUUGCAACUCAACUAUUUAACAUAUGGGAUUAAGAAUUGAUAAGGGGGGCAUACUUUCAUGCACAAGAAUAAUUUGCAAAUGUAAAAUAUACACUUGAGUCCUAAGAAGUGUUCAUUGUCAUUUGUGAUGGUAUCUGUGAAUGUUUGGAGAAAAGACUUCUAAGAAAUGCUUUCACCAAUUGCAUGUUAAUAUUUAAAUCUGUGGGUUCAAUUCUGUUUUCUGUAUAUUACGCCAGUGAAAUGUAACCUGUCAGCUGCUGCAAAUUGUAAAGUACUUUUGGACUAACAUUCUUCAUACUUAGACUGGGUGAUACCUGGAUUUUUGUGAUUCUUAUGCUGUAUUUAAUAUUAAUGCAAGCUAUAUAAUAAAAAAAGACUUAGAUUUUUAUAAGAUAGUGUCAAGUACAUUGUUACUUGUACAAAACAGAAGAAUACAAACAACAUGUCUCAGGUUGAAAGUCUUAUAUUCUAGGCCUGUGCUAGCUUUGUAGAAAUUUAUAUGAAGUCAGCUAUGUUUUAAAUCUUGAUUUGUCAAAAUGUUCUAUGAUUCCUGUAUUUUUCUACUUAAAUGCUGAAUGUUCUCAAACAUUAAGUUCAAAUUCUAAAAUGAACAAAUCUUUUUUUAAACAAAGCCAAUAUGCUUUAUACAGAAAAAUAAAUACGGAGACCAUAAAACUACAAAAAGCUCUAAAAGCCUUUAGUACAACUGGUUUGGAAAAAUACAUGUUCAUUUAUCUCAAUCUUUGUUCCUGAAACCCAAAUACAGUAACUGUAUAGAGAGUGACUUUCACCAGACUUUCAAGAUGCUACUUUAAGUAUAACUCUCAGGACAGAAAAGAUCUGUACUCAGGUAAUGGUGAAUAAGAGAUUUAUAACACUUGCUAAUACUUGUCUAGUUUACAUUAAGAUAAUAAAGUUUUGUGUCCUUCACUUCAGAUCUUCUUCAGUGAGAAAGUAUUAUACCUUCUUUUCCUAAUAUGGAAAUCUAUUGCUUUGCUUGAAUAACUUCACACCAUUUUUAAAACCAGAUUUUUUGUUGUUUUCAGUUACAGUUUCAUAUUUCCUUCUUCAAACUCUAGCAAGUAACAAAUUUGCCUUACACUAUGUAUCUGAAUUGUUGAUUCAGUAUAUUCUGAGAACUCUGGAAUUAUUGGCUGAAGUGCUGAACAAUUUAUCUUUGCAUUUUGAAGUUUAAUAAGUCCAUGACUGAAGAGAUAAAUAUAAGAAUUUUAGAAGGGGAGAUGAUGUUUGACCCCAAUGUUCAAACACUGGGGUCAAUGGGAUCGUUUCCCCAUUUAUAUCAUCUUCCCAAAGAUGAUAUAAGAUAUCUCAAAAUUAGGUCUUAGUCCUGAACAUUUUAAUACUUUUAUACAAAACAAGUACAGUUGGCAGCAUAUUACAUUAGCAAACAGUGAACAUAUGUCAUUUAUGUGUUUAAAUUAUGUAACUUAACAUCUCAUAUUCAUUUGAAAUGCACCAAAUGGACAGCAAAGUAGCUAUUCUCUCAGUAAUAAAAAGAUUAUUAAGUCAUAUUCAGUCAUUUGAGGGAGUAUUUAAUUAUCCAAAAUACCUUUCUAUGAGAACUCUUGAGAUAUGUUCUCAGUGAGAAAAUUGCUACAGAAGACAUGUUAUGUUUUCAGACAAGUAUGAUAAAGAUGGUCCUCAUGGCCUACACUGAUAGACAAAUCUCUUCAUGUGAAAAAUGUUACAAUAGCUAGAGUUGAACUUAAUUUGACUAGCAUCUUUGUCUAUGUUGGUAAUGCUUAAGCUUAAAAGCCAGAGAUUUUCACAUUUCUACUGGGGGGUGGGAGGACCCUUUAACAUUCUGUGCAACUUCUUACCAUUCCUUACAACUAACAGAAUAAGGUAAGUAGUACAGUUUUCCAGAGGGAUAGCUACGCUAGUCUAUGCCAACAAAAAUGACAAAUUCUUGUAACACCUUAAAGAAUACUAUAAAAAUGUGUGCAUCUGAUGGAAGUGUACUGUAGUCCAUAGAAGUUUUUGCCAUAAUAAAUGAGUUAGUCUAAUAUGCCAAAAGACUAUUUAUACUAGUUCAAGUUAUUGACAGCUACAGUCCUUUCAGGGCCAUCGUAAACCCUCAUUUAUUGUGCUUCAAGCUGUAAAUCAUAUUACCUGUACUGGGUGAGGGAUUGAAAGGGGAAUAAAAAAAUACAGAUCCCAAAAGUUGAAGAUAUACUUUUGUUGGAGGCAAAUAAUUUGUGAAACACUAAAACCAUUCCUCUGCUGUCCCAAAUCAAUGUUGAUUGAAAGAGGUAUGUGACCUUAACCAGUCUUCCACCUGUUCCCUUACGGAUAUAUUUUACUAUCAGUAGAUAAUGAGAACAAGAGUGCAAUACACAUGAUAGGCAUCAGGUUUUGAGAGACUAAUGAGUUCAGUGAAACAUAUUUUUGUAUUUAAGAUCUUAACUACAAAGUUAUGGUAUACUGACAUUUUUUUCAAAAAAUGCCAUGGUGUUCUUUAUUACCAACUCAGUGUUUAUAAGGUUGAGCCAUACAUCACAUUGUUAAAAAGAUAGUACUAGUACUUCAUUCACAUAAAACACUUCUGGAAAAAGUGAAGAAAAUAGUCCAGCAGGAGAAGAUCUAGUUCAAGUCUAGAUAAUCUUAUGACACUGGCUUGAGAGCAAUUACAGGUAGUCCCCAGUUUAAGAAC